UUUCUUGGGAGGAUUAUAUGAGAAAAAAAACCGGCAUGAACCCAGUUUAGCCGUUUGUAUGGGCCCAUUGAAGGCCCAGUAAUUCUUUAUAUUUGACAAAUAGCUGGAUGGCUAUUUAACGUCACACGUGGCGUUAAUCAGCUGGAAAGCAGGAAGACUUGGAUUUCUUUCCGGGCUGACGGUCUUAAUCAGGUGCGUGGAAUAUGAGCGGCCGAGGAGACGUGUGUGGGACUGAGAACUUGGAUAUUAACAUAUUACGCGGAACACGUUGAAGAACUUAAUAUGAUAUACCCCACCCACGACCCUAAACAACGCGUGACCGACGACCCCAAAAUUUGUUUAGAUAUCUUCCUAAUUUAAGCCAGGCCUUGCUGCCAUUUGCCAAUGGAUCUUAUAAGAAGAUCAUGGCAGAGUUCAAAUUUCCUUUAAGAUAGUUCUUUAAUGUCCAUGUAAAAUGGGAGUUCAAGUGGCUGGAGAGGUAUAUCGGCAAAAGAAGAAUAAAGGUGUUCAAAUCGGGGGCGGAGCAUGAUGCCUUUUUACUUCGUUUUUUUUUUUUGAGCUUUGUUCUUUCUCCGACCCGGUCAUUCCGUUCUUCAAUAUUAAUUCCUUACAAAGUUCAUGCUCUUCUCUAAUAGCCUUAGUCAAAUACACUACUUUUAUAUAUUAAUAAUUGUAGGAUUUUCUAAGCACUUGCUGCCAGAACCAGAUCCGUAGACUUUCAAGAGCAGCUGUAGGAAGGCAUGGAAAUCUCACUUGGACCAAGUCUCCACUUAUGCGAUAUUUAAGUAUGGACCACGAAACCUGAGUGACGCUUUACGUACGUCUGAAUGAAUUCUUUGAAUUAGAAUUCUAAGCUGCUAAAUCGUCUUUUUUUUUUUUUGAUAGAAAGCUAAAUCCGCCAUUUUCAUCGAUCCUCUUGAUCUAAGAAAUUCCUAGUUCAUCACCCCAUCCCUUCUCGGCCAUGGUCACCCUUCUUCCUCUGCCUGUCAUCUUCGUCUCUCUAAUCGCCUCUUGUAAUGGCAGCAGGAGCAUUAGAAGUCCAAACAAAAGCUUCAUCACAUCUAGGAUCACGUACUCUUUCCACACGAAAAACACCACCACCACCACGUUUCGCACACGUGUCGAGGAAUCAAGUGUUCCUUCAUCAAAUGAGAAAUUUCAUAUCAAUCCUAUAGGAGUUGCAGUUGGUUUUCUGAUACCUCCUAUACUAUUGUUUCUGUGCUGGUUGGCUGUAAAAUAUUGCAGGAGGAACAAAAGCUGUAACAAAGUUGGUGACGACUCUCAGCCUACAUUUUUCAGCCCAGUGAUCAGGUCCAUUGACCUCUCCUUCUUUGAAAAGCUCGAGCAAGGUGGCCUUCAGUUGGGGAUCGUUGGUCGUGGAGGGUGCGGUGAGGUGUACAAGGCUGAGUUACGGAAUGGUGAGAGAAGAUUAAAGAUUGCAAUCAAGAGGAUCAUGCAACCAGCAAUUGAUGCAGAAGAGCUCUGUGAAAAGGAAACCAAAUUCCUGAACUUUCAGAUGCAGCAAAUCAGAUCAGAGAUCCAAACAGUUGGUCAAUUGGGACACCCAAAUAUUCUGCCUCUCUUAGUUCAUGUGUCACGGCCUAAUUACCACUACCUUGUCUACGAGUUCAUGAAAAAUGGAAGCUUGCAUGAUGCUCUCAAGGGUGCUUCUGAUGGAUUGAGAAACCUGGAAUGGCCAAUCCGAUACAAAAUCGCACUUGGUGUUGCUGCCGGCCUCGAGUACCUUCAUAUAAUGCAUAGACCACGGAUAAUUCACAGAGAUUUGAAACCUGCAAACAUAUUGCUUGACAAUGAUCUAAAUGCUCGGAUCUCCGACUUUGGGCUUGCAAAAUUGGUGCCAGACUCGAUCAGCAGUGCAAUGAGAUCCAAGGUGGCAGGGACGCUAGGUUACGUUGCACCUGAAUAUCAUCAGACGAUGAUGUUUACUGAUAAAUCUGAUGUAUAUAGUUUUGGGGUGGUUCUAGCCGUACUGGUCACUGGCAAGUUUCCAACUGAUGAAUUCUUUCAGGGAACAGAUGAGAUGACCAUUGUAGGAUGGGUUAGGAAUGUGAUGAGGUCAGACAAUCCGAGGAUGGCCAUAGAUCGGAAGCUGCUGGGGACUGGGUUCGAGGAGCAGAUGCUGCUGGUUUUGAAGAUUGCUUGCUUUUGCACUUAUGAUGAUCCAAAGGCCAGGCCAAAUAGUACGGAUAUCCGAUGUAUGCUAUCUCAAAUCAAGCACUAAUUAAAGGUGCUUCCCAUAAAUUAUGCCGUAUAAAUUAUCAUCUUUAUCUUAAUCUGGCAAGUUCUUGAAAACCAAA